AUGGACGUGUCAGAACUCUGCAUCCCGGACCCCCUCGGCUACCACAACCAGCUGCUGAACAGAAUGUCCGCGGACGACCGGCACCUGGGCUCCAGCUGCGGCUCCUUCAUCAAGACGGAGCCGUCCAGCCCCUCCUCGGGCAUCGACGCCCUCAGCCACCACAGCCCCAGCGGCUCGUCCGACGCCAGCGGUGGCUUCGGCCUGGCCCUGGGCGCCCACGCCAACGGUCUGGACUCGCCGCCCAUGUUCGCGGGCGCCGCGCUGGGGGGCACCCCGUGCCGCAAGAGCUACGAGGACUGUGCGGGCGGCCUCAUGGAGGACUCGGCCAUCAAGUGCGAGUACAUGCUCAACGCCAUCCCCAAGCGCCUGUGCCUCGUGUGUGGCGACGUUGCCUCUGGCUACCACUACGGCGUGGCCUCCUGCGAGGCCUGCAAGGCCUUCUUCAAGAGGACCAUCCAAGGGAACAUCGAGUACAGCUGCCCGGCCACCAACGAGUGUGAGAUCACGAAACGGAGGCGCAAGUCCUGCCAGGCCUGCCGCUUCAUGAAAUGCCUCAAAGUGGGGAUGCUGAAGGAAGGUGUGCGCCUUGACCGAGUGCGUGGAGGCCGCCAGAAAUACAAACGACGGCUGGACUCUGAGAGCAGCCCGUACCUGAGCUUACAGAUUUCUCCACCCGCUAAGAAGCCAUUGACCAAGAUUGUCUCCUACCUGCUGGUGGCCGAGCCGGACAAGCUGUAUGCCAUGCCUCCCCCUGGCAUGCCCGAGGGCGACAUCAAGGCCCUGACCACUCUCUGUGACCUGGCAGACAGGGAGCUCGUGGUCAUCAUCGGCUGGGCCAAGCACAUCCCAGGCUUCUCGAACCUCUCUCUCGGGGACCAGAUGAGCCUGCUGCAGAGUGCCUGGAUGGAGAUCCUCAUCCUGGGCAUCGUGUACCGCUCACUGCCCUAUGAUGACAAGUUGGUGUAUGCCGAGGACUACAUCAUGGACGAGGAGCACUCCCGCCUCGCGGGGCUGUUGGAGCUCUACCGGGCCAUCCUGCAGCUGGUGCGCAGGUACAAGAAGCUCAAGGUGGAGAAGGAGGAGUUUGUGACGCUCAAGGCCCUGGCUCUGGCCAACUCAGAUUCCAUGUACAUCGAGGAUCUGGAGGCGGUGCAGAAGCUGCAGGACCUGCUGCACGAGGCGCUGCAGGACUACGAGCUGAGCCAGCGCCACGAGGAGCCCCGGCGGACGGGCAAGCUGCUGCUGACGCUGCCCCUGCUGCGACAGACGGCCGCCAAGGCCGUGCAGCACUUCUACAGCGUCAAACUGCAGGGCAAGGUGCCCAUGCACAAACUCUUCCUGGAGAUGCUGGAGGCCAAGGUCUGA